AUCUACGGCUCUGGCUGUGGCGUGUUACAAGAGAAGGCAGCUGCCAGCUGGUGGAAACUACAUUUUAGCAUAUUAUUUUAUUCUUCACCAGAUUUUUUGACUGGGGCAUCAACUAUGGCGGAUGAGAUAACGAAAAACGCCGAGAAGAUCUCUGUUGGGGAGCUUUACGUGUCUGCUAAGGAAGGCAAUGACCAGACAGGAGAUGGCACGGAGCAGAAGCCAUUUAAAACGCCUCUCAAGGCUAUGUUGUUUGCUGGAAAGGAGCCUUUUCCGACCAUCUACAUGGACUCCCAGGUGGAGGGAGAGAGAUGGGCAGUGAUCUCCAAAACUCAGAUGAAGAGCGCAAAGAAGCAAUUCGCCAGGGAAAACAUGAAGAGUGAUGCCAAAGACAAGAAAGAGGCAGAAGAUGCUGCGAGGAGGGAUAAAAACCUAGAAGACGCAAAGAAGGUGACGAUCGAGAAUGAUCCCAGUUUGCCGGAGCCUACAACGGCCAAAAUCCGCCAUUUGGAACCACUUCGAGGCCAGAGAGUGAAGGUGUGUGGCUGGGUGCACCGGCUGCGUAGGCAAGGAAAGAAUUUGCUGUUCAUCGUGUUGAGAGAUGGAACUGGCUUCUUGCAGUCUGUGCUUACGGACAAGCUGUGCCAGUGCUACAAUGGGAUGGUGUUGUCCACUGAGAGCACCGUGGCUCUGUACGGGACGCUACAGCCUGUUCCUGAGGGAAAGCAGGCUCCAGGAGGCCAUGAGCUGCAUUGUGACUUCUGGGAGCUAGUCGGCCUUGCUCCAGCAGGGGGCGCUGACAACCUGCUGAACGAGGAGUCGGAUGUGGACGUUCAGCUCAACAACCGGCACAUGAUGAUCCGCGGAGAGAACGUUUCCAAGAUCCUGCGGGUUCGGUCCACUGUCACACAGUGCUUCAGGGACCACUUCUUCAGCCAUGGAUACUAUGAGAUCAGUCCGCCUACCCUGGUCCAGACCCAGGUGGAGGGAGGCUCCACCUUGUUUGGUCUGAACUACUUUGGUGAGGAGGCCUACCUGACCCAGUCCUCCCAGCUCUACCUGGAGACCUGCAUCCCCGCCCUGGGGGACACCUUCUGCAUCGCCCAGUCUUACCGCGCCGAGCAGUCCCGCACACGCCGUCACUUGGCUGAAUACACCCAUAUUGAGGCGGAGUGCCCCUUCAUCAGCUUCGAGGACCUGUUGACCCGGCUGGAGGACCUGGUGUGUGAUGUGGUGGACCGCGUGCUCAAGUCUGAGGCUGGACAGCUGCUUCUCGAAGUCAACCCAGAUUUCAAGCCCCCCAAGCGACCUUUCAAGAGGAUGAACUACUCGGAGGCCAUUGUUUGGUUGAAGGAGCAUGACGUCAAGAAAGAUGACGGAACCUAUUAUGAAUUUGGAGAGGACAUUCCUGAAGCACCAGAGAGACUGAUGACAGACACCAUUAAUGAGACAAUCCUGCUGUGCCGCUUCCCUGCCGAGAUCAAGUCCUUCUACAUGCAGCGAUGCCCAGAGGACCGCCGCCUCACAGAGUCGGUUGACGUGCUGAUGCCCAACGUUGGUGAGAUCGUUGGAGGGUCUAUGCGUAUCUGGGACUCUGAGGAGUUGCUGGAAGGCUACAAGAGGGAGGGCAUCGACCCAACACCCUACUACUGGUAUACUGAUCAGAGGAAGUUUGGAACAUGCCCUCACGGCGGCUACGGUCUGGGCUUGGAGCGGUUCCUCACUUGGCUCCUGAACCGUCACCACAUCCGCGACGUCUGCUUAUACCCCCGAUUCAUCCAGAGAUGUCGGCCUUGAAUGAAAGUCGAUAUAUUAAAUGAUAACAAGAUCUCAAAUAGCACAGAGAAAUCAAUGCUACCAUCGCCUGCUACACCUACUCUGUCUAGUCUAUGUUCUCCAUGAGCACCAACACAGCUUCUACCUGUCUGCUAUUGAAUGCCACACACACACACACACACACACACACACACACACACACACACACACACACACACACACACAUACACCUGACAGCAUCGUUAUCCUUGUUCUGGUUACUUUAGAGGGGGAGGAAAGGAUGGGACUGGACAUUCUGAGCCAUCAAUGUAUCUACACGAUCACUAAAUAAACGUGUACAAUUUA